GAAAAUUGGAAGAGCAAGCAAGAAAAUGAGGCGACUUCCGAUUGUCUUAUUGCUUUCGGUUUUUUCUAUAGCCAACUGUGCAAAGGUGGACGUGGAUCUUAUUAAUGAAACCAUUCGAGAUCUUCUUCAUUUUAAAAGUUCAGAUCCAAACGUUACCUCAUUCCACCGAUCAUCACACACUCUCACCGAGCAUAUGAAAAAUCUUUAUGAAAAUUUCAUUGACGAAGACUCGAAUGAAGAUGGUAAUCUGGUACGUGCCAUUGAGCCGGCAGUUGGAAAAUUCGAGGGACAGGAAGUCUUGGUGUUUGAUGUUGAAGGAUUUGAUUCCCAUGAAUCCAUUAUGCGUGCAGAGUUACAUUUCUACCUCAGAAGACGAGAUUCAUUUGCAAGAAGACGAUCUCGUCAAAUUCGGGCAAAGUCGGUUUGUGUGAAUGAGUACUGUAGGCAACAGACCUUGAAAAAGAUUCGAGUUGGAGGAGAUGAGAAUUUGGAAGAAUAUAAAGUUAUUUGGGAUGCAACAAAAUCAGUUUUCGAUUCAUAUCAUUUGGAUGCAAAGCAAGCAGUAUUUCGUAUUACAAGAGAACAUUCAAAGAUGAGACCUUAUGCUGAAAUGAUUCGAAAAAGUACACCAUUCCUUGUGAUUUAUUCUAAAGUUAAUCAUACUCUGGAUACUGUAUCAGUUAUGAAACAAACUGAACAGACAAAAAGAAAGAGAAGAGAUUUGGGAAAUGAAGAAUUGAGAGAAUAUUAUAAUUAUAACUCGAUUCCAUUGGAUAAUGAUGAUCGUGAGCCAAUAAAGAGAAAGAAUGGAAAAAAGAACAGUUUAUCUGAGGAAAUUUCAUCAGAAGAUGUUUGGCAAGGUUUUGGAGAAGAGACUUCAAGAGAAGAAAGAGAAAGAAUUGCAAAUGAAGAACUGGCUAAUGAUGUUCGAGUUGUGCUUUUGCAAAAUAAAAAUCGUUGUCACAAAGAGGGAGUUCUGGUUAGUUUGAAGCAUUUUGGAUGGGAUCGUUAUGUCAUUGAACCAAAAACAAUUGAAACAUCAUUCUGUAAAGGAAAGUGUGCGAAACCAAUGUUAACGAGUGGAAAAGCUUCAAAUCAUGCUAUGCUUCAAUCAUUGUUUGCUGCGGAACCAGUUUGUUGUGCUCCAACUAAUUUGAAAUCCUUGAACUUUUGGUACAGAGACGAAAAAGGACGUACAGUAAUCCGUAAUUACUCAAAGAUGCUCAUUGGCUCAUGCUCUUGUCUUUAAGUUUAUUAUUUUUCUUUCGUUAUAGUGUAUAACUGCAACUCUAUUUUCUUUAUCUUGCCUCUUCUGUCUGUACAUCUUCCCUACCUCUACUUAAUCCCAAAUUCUAUUACUUUCUUUCAUAAUAACUGACAAUGAAUCUCAAUUUUUCUGCUCUCUUUGUUUCUUGGCAAAUAUACUUCUAAAUUUUCCAAUGAAAACUCACAAAUCUGAAUUUGUUUAACUUUGAACGUUUAAAUAAUUAAAAUUCAUAGAACCAACUGAAUAAAGUAAAAAUGUACCUC